CCAAGCACAUCAGGUGAAUGACGGCUGUCUCACCUACACCGCCGGAUACGUCUGCUGGACCCUGACAACGGCAAACUGGUAGGCAUGUGCCUGGACUCGAUGUGCCAAGGGCGUUGCGUGCCACUGUCAGGCCCCGUUAGAAACAGCGGCUGGAUGACAUGUCGUGCAUUGGUGGCCGGAGGGCAGGCGCAUUGAUAAGGGGAUGCAGUGGCCGCGCGCGAGACGGCGUCGAGCUUGCAACGGCUAUGUCGGUACCUUUCUUGACGUGUUGUUGACUAGUCCUUGUUAUUAAAUUAUACGUUUGGCAGAGUUGACUUAUAACGUCUGUUGCCCCUUUGUGGUACUCAUGUAUUGGUCUCAGCCUCAGAAUUAGGUAGCCUCAUAACGACCACACGGAUAGUGGAGAGAUAGAUCAAGACGAAGUCAUGAAUAUCUUUCGUCGUUCCAUGAGCUUUAGCUCCUCAUACUCAUCGCGUCCUUCGACCAUCGACUCGGCAUCCGAUACCGCAAGCUCUAGAACGAGCAUAGAUUCUACCUUUGAAGAAUACGAGAUUACAGACUCACUGGCUACAAUCAAACCGUCUCCGCCGUUACCGAAAGCUCCGGUACUGACUCUCCCACUCGAGCUCAUCCAACAAGUCAACACCUAUCUCGACACUGCCUCCGCAGCAGCCUUCUGUCUAUCCGGUCGAUACAUUUAUUACGCACUCGGCACUGAAGUCCUGUCUCGCCAUGUCCAGGGAAGCAAGAACCGAUUUGAGAAGAGGAAGACCAUUGAAGCGGUAGUAGAGCGCGCCUUUCCCGAUCAUUGGUUCUGCGGCUGGUGUGACAAAUUCCAUGCCUGGGCUGCGGAAGACGGGCCAAAGAACCAGCAAUAUUCAAGAAGGAGAAGAGAUUGUGCCGACUACAACAGCUACUUGGACGCUGGGGACGGCUACAAACUACGCUUUCACCACAUCCGACUUGCCAUCAACCGCGCAUCGCGGGGGGACGAACACGGCAUUCCCCUGUCAGCGUUUACUCAUGAGAAGAAAGACAUGGCACGCAUCUCCAGAACACCUGUUCCUACUAAACUCACUGUAUCCGCCAGGAUAGUCAACGGCCGCUUCCUGUUGCACAGUUCUUAUGCCAUUGUCCUGCCCGCAUUUACGACGCGUAAUCGCAACCUUUUAAAAUCGCUCUGGCCUCUCCUCCCCCAUAUUGUCACAGGCCACCGUGAUACGCCAAAUGGCCACACUGGUCUCAUGGCCGCCAUCGACAAUGUUAUUCGCCGAGGUUGGAAGUACCAGUUCACGCAGAACUGCUCCACAUGUGCGACAGACUGGAGCGUAACCAGUCAAGACUUCUCGCAUGCUACAGGCGGACAAGUCAGGUUGGUGGUGCAGAGUUGGCGGGAUCUGGGAACGGGAAGGACGCCGUUCGAGACGGGGUGGAGAGCGCAUGGGGUAGGAAGCUGUGCUGAGGGCAGUGGGGCAAACACAUGUCUCGUGAGACUUACGAGCCGACCUGCGGGAACUGUCAGAUGUGCGUUUGAGGCUGCGGACGUGGACCGUGGAAUGAAAGAAGCUACUCACCCUGGGGUCGUGGCGACUAACGAUACGCCAAAGUCUCGCAUCUAUCGGUCAUUCAUGAGGAUGAAUACUUCGGAGGAAGGGCACGAUGAGAUCAGACGGUCUAGUGCAAGACCAAGGUAUUGGCGGACGCGAGAGGAAAACGAAGCAGUAGCUCGGAAGUACGCUGAAGACACACGAGAUGUUGCGAGAGAUGUUGCUGAAGAGUUGAUUCGGUUAGAUGCUCGUCAUGGACACGGACUUGUCUAGACGUUCUUCUGACUUUCCAAGCCUAUUUAGAAUUUUCUGAGUACCUGCAACCGCUUUUCAUUGCAG